UGGAUCCUGAAGUACGGCUGUUUCCCGGUGCGGUUCGGCUCCACGGUCACAGUGUCCGUUCACAAAGACAGAGAGAUUCUGAUCCGUCAAUCUCACACCGUCACACUCACAGAUGAUGAUGUUCCAGUGCCUGAAGCCCGUGUCUCUGCGGACGACCGUGAUAAACACUCAGGUGUCAAGCUCACAGAUGCUGCGGAUCCAGUGCCUGACGCCCGUGUCACUGCGGACGAGCAUUAUAAGCGCUUCACUGUACGGCUGGAAACGGACCGCAUGGUGAAGAUCAGCCUGUGCUACAAACACUCCUUCCGGGAGUGUGUGGGGUUUCAUUUUCAGAAGAUCGAUGCGGCUGUCCAUCAAACCGUCAAUCUGAGCUUCCCGUACCUGGUUCCGUGUGUGUGUGUGCAGCUGUGGUUCACAGGCCCUGAUGCCAGAAGAGUCACACACUGCCCUCUAAAGGAGAGAACACUGCCACGUGGCGCUGAUAUCUUGUCCUCCAGCUCAGCACGAGUCCUCGGCUCGGUUCUGCAUUGGGAGCCUCUCUGUCCUGACGACCAAUCAGAUGUCUCGGCCUCUCUGUGCUGGCGAAUCGGCACGCAGAACUCUGACUGUGUCCCCGCCCCCAACGCCACCCUCUACGGGACUAAACUGAAAUAUAACGUGUCUGCUGUAGAUGAGCAUCCUCAGAUGUGUGUGAAGUUUUCUCUGCACGGCAGCCAGCGAGUGUUCUGUCCCUUCGAGUCAGAGAGCCGAUCUCAGUGGAGUGUGACGGUGGUUCCCGGGUCUCUGCGUCUGCAUGUGUACCUGACGUCUGACACCGCCGCCGCGUUCGCUGCGCAGCUCUGCGUCCGAGAUGAAGACGCGUGUGUAUCUCGAGGACACGUCACCUCGCGUCAGCUGGACGGGGGCGCCGCCGAGAUGAGCCUGCGCUUCCCCUUCCUCUCAUCAGGACUGUGUGUGCAGGUGUGGCGCUUGGAUCUCCAUGGAAGAAGAAUAAUCUGCCCUGACUUCACACACAGGCGAUGGGGUCUCGUGAUCGGCGCGUCUCUGACUCUCCUGACUCUCCUGUGUCUCCUGGUGUUCGUCACACGCUGGCUGAUCAGAAGAAGCACAUCAGUGUGGCGUAGCGCUGACCGACGCCCCGUGCUGCUUGUGUGCUCAUCUAACACCUCAACACAUGUCUCUGCAGUGUGCAGUUUGGCCUCCGGCCUGCAGGGGGAGCUGUGUAUGGACGUCAGGCUGGCGCAGUGGAUGCAGUGCCAACCACAAUCCUCUCUGGCUCAGCUGGGACCCGUGCCGUGGCUGUAUGGUCAGUGUCGGGCCGUUCAGAAGGCCGGCGGGCUCGUCCUGAUUGCCUGGAGCCCUGACGCACAUCGGGCUUAUCUAAGAUGGAGGAACAGCGAAGGAAAGGCUAAGUUCAGUGCUGUUGAAGAAGAAGAAGAAGAAGAAGAGGAAGAAGCAGAAGAGGAAGAAUGCAUGGAGAAACCAAUUGAGUUGUCGUGCAUCACGGCUCCUGUGUUUAACGCUGCGCUGUCCUGUCUGUUGAUGGGAAUACGCAGCGAUGGCUACGCUCAGGGAUUCAGGCUAGUUAGCUUCCAGAACAACAACAGUAACACUUUCAUCCCAAAACGGCUCCGGUGUGUCCGGAAGUACUGCCUCCCGAAGGACCUUUCGUCUUUAAUACACGACCUGACCGGCUCAAACACUAGAUGGCGAUGUUGGCCACGUCUUCUGUCCAAAGCGCUGUCGUUCUUCAUGUCUCGGCAGCUCGCGCCGACGCUAGCGGCGAAGCUUCCCGUGCCGACCGACAGCCCUAAACUCGUUCCUGGCUUCUCACGGAAAGUAACUAAGCGAAAGACGUGGAGGCAAAAGAAGCGCAGAAGUAAAGUCGUAACAUCGUGCUUGUCCGGAAAAGGGAGUUGGAAGAAAAAGACUGCGCCAGAGCCAAUGAAUUCGUAGUAUGUAUUGGCAACAUAGUGCA